GUAUCUGUCUCAUGUGGAAUACCUGACUUCAGGUCAAGAGAUGGUAUUUAUGCUCGCCUUGCAGUAGACUUCCCAGAUCUUCCAGAUCCUCAAGCAAUGUUUGAUAUUGAAUAUUUCAGGAAAGAUCCAAGACCAUUCUUCAAGUUUGCAAAGGAAAUAUAUCCUGGACAGUUCCAACCAUCUCUGUGUCAUAAAUUCAUAGCCUUGUCAGAUAAGGAAGGAAAACUGCUUCGCAACUAUACUCAGAAUAUAGACACCUUGGAACAGGUCGCAGGAAUCCAAAGGAUAAUUCAGUGUCAUGGUUCGUUUGCAGCAGCAUCUUGCCUGAUUUGUAAAUACAAAGUUGACUGUGAAGCUGUACGAGGAGAUAUUUUUAAUCAGGUAGUUCCUCGAUGUCCUAGGUGUCCAGUUGAUGAACCACUUGCUAUCAUGAAACCAGAGAUUGUCUUUUUUGGUGAAAAUUUACCGGAACAGUUUCAUAGAGCCAUGAAGUAUGACAAAGAUGAAGUUGAUCUCCUCAUUGUUAUCGGGUCUUCCCUGAAAGUGAGACCAGUAGCACUGAUUCCAAGUUCCAUACCCCAUGAAGUGCCUCAGAUAUUAAUUAACAGGGAACCACUGCCUCAUCUGCAUUUUGAUGUAGAGCUCCUUGGAGACUGUGACGUCAUAAUUAAUGAAUUGUGUCAUAGGUUAGGUGGUGAAUAUGCCAAACUUUGUUGUAACCCUGUAAAGCUUUCAGAAAUUACUGAGAAACCUCCACGAACACAAAAAGACUUGAUUCAUUUAUCAGAGUUGCCACCAACACCUCUUCAUAUUUCGGAAGAUUCAAGUUCACCAGAAAGAACUUCACCACCAGAUUCUUCAGUGACUCUCGCACUUUUAGACCAAGCAACUGAGAGUAAUGUUGAUGAUUUAGAUGUGUCUGAUUCAAAAGGUUGUAUGGAAGGAAAAGCACAGGAAGUACAGACUUCUCCUAAAAACGAGAGAAUUGCCAUGGAAAACCCAGAUUUGAAGGAUGUUGGUUCCAGUACUGGAGUGAAAAAUGAAAGAAUUUCAGUUACUGAAACAGUGAAAAAAUGCUGGCCCAAUAGACUUCCAAAGGAGCAGAUUAGUAAGCGGCUUGAUGGUAAUCAGUUUCUAUUUUUACCACCAAAUCGUUACAUUUUCCAUGGCGCUGAGGUAUAUUCAGACUCUGAAGAUGACAUCAUAUCUUCUAGUUCAUGUGGCAGUAACAGUGAUAGUGGCACAUGCCAGAGUCCAAGUUUUGAGGAGCCCUUGGAAGAUGAAAGUGAGAUUGAAGAAUUCUACAAUGGCCUAGAAGAUGAUGCUGAUGUCCCAGACAGAGCUGGAGAAGCUGGAUUUGGGGCUGAAGGAGGUGAUCAAGAGCCAGUUAAUGAAGCUAUACCCAGGAAACAGGAAGCAACAGACAUGAACUAUCCAUCAGACAAGUCAUAAUGUAAUGAUUGUCCAGGUACAAGAACUGUCCCACCAGCAUUAGGAACUUUAGCAUGUCAGAAUGAAUGUUUACUUGUGAACUCAACAGAGCAAGGAAAACAAAGGUGUAAUAUUUAUAGACUGGGUAAAAUAGAUUGUUUUUCCAUGGUGAUUUUUUAACUUCCAUUAUUUCUGUACUUGUACACUCAACACUAACUUUUUUUUGGAAGGUACUAAGUAUCUUUAAUCAGCUGUUGGUUCAAACUUCACUUUCUUUUAAAGGUUCAUUUGUAUGAUACAUUCGUAUGUACAUAUUUUUUGUUUUUGUCUAAUGAGUUUCAACAUUUCAAAGUUUUCAAAAAGCCAUUGGAAUGUUAGAUUAAAGGGAACAGCUUAUCUAGACCAAAGAAUGGUAUUUUCACAAUUUUCUUUGUAACAUUGAAUGGUUUGAAGUCCUCAAAAUCAGUUCUGCUGAACUUUUGAUCAUUUAGCACAAUUACCUAUUUUUAAACACUGGCAUUUUCCAAAAUUUAUGGCAGCUAACUUUUUAAAAAUUACAAAUGACAUGCAAUGUGAGAAGGAUAUCAACAAUAAGGAAGAGCACUCAGUUGUCUUUACUUUUUAAAAGUAAGACUUGGUGCUAAGAGUUUUCAGGAGUAUUGUAUUUCAAAUGAAGAUGGCUUUUGUACUUCCGACGGACAUGUGUUCUGUAUUGGCUUAUAAAACUAACCUGAUAAAUAAAUACUUUGGCAAUGUUUCGGCUGCUUUAGAAAUUAUAGUGCCUGCCUGCAUCCCCUUAGUUUUGAAUAUUUGCCAUUGUUGUUUAAAUACCUAUCACUGUGGUAGAGCUUGCAUUGAUCCUUUUCCUGAAGUAUUAAACUGCCAAGAUGUGAAUAUGCAAAGCCUUUCUGAAUCUGUAAUAAUGGUACUUCUACUGGGGAGAGUGUAAUAUUUUGGACUGCUGUUUUUCCAUUAAUGAGGAGAGCAACAGGCCCUUGAUUACAGUUCCAAAGUAAUAAGAUUUUAAUUGUAACUCAGCCAGAAAGUACAUGUCUCCUGUUGGGAGGAUUUGGUGUAAUAAAUACCAAACUGCUAGCCUAGUAUUAUGGAGAUGAAUAUUGAUGUAACUUGUAAUAGAAUAGUUAAUGGAACUAGUUUCUUAUAAUUGAUCUUUAUUUAAAAGCUUAGUCUGCCUUAAAAUGAGAUCAAUUUUCUCAACUGCAGAAGCUUCUAGCCUUUCAAAAAAAGUCCAUACUUCAUACAACUGCACAGUAAGCAUUUAUUUUACAAACCUUUUCUGAACAUUACUCCCAAAUGAUGAAGUAUUCUUUUGUUGGUUUAGUAUUUAUUACAAUCAAAAGGGUUUGAAAUACAGCUGUUCUUUAUGUAUGAAAUUCCCAGCAAGGACCAUUACUGCCAGAAGAAAACUGUAUUGAAUGGCCAUUUCCCUACCUAAGAGAUGUCUUAUCAAUCUGAAUUUGGCUACACUAAAGAAUGCAGUAUUUAGUUUUCCAUUUGCAUGAUGUGUUUGUGCUAUAGAUGAUAUUUUAAAUUGAAAAAUUUGUUUUAAAUUAUUUUUACAGUGAAGACUGUUUUCAGCUCUUUUUAUAUUGUACAUAGUCUUUUAUGUAAUCUACUGGCAUAUGUUUUGUAGACUGUUUAAUGACUGGAUAUCUUCCUCCAACUUUUGAAAUACAAAACCAGUGUUUUAUACUUGUACACGGUUUUAAAGUCUAUUAAAAUUGUCAUUUGACUUUUUUUCCCGUUAACUU